UAUCGAAAUUUUGAAUCUCAAGACUCAGUUGUGUAUUCGUAAAAGAUAAGAUACUUACCCUCAUCAUUUCGAAACUUUUAAACCGAAUAAGUUUAUUGCGUGGUAUGUCUAUUUAGAGCUAUAGUGAUCUUGUAUUUCAGCUAGAGUACUGAAUUUAUGAAAAAGUAGUUAUAAAUAGAGUUUAUUGUAUUCAUUUUGUAAGUUUUGUCCGAUUUUACUCUUACGUGUACCUUGGAUAUUGAAAAUGACUCUAGAACAAACAACCUGUGAAGAUUUAAAAGCUUUCGAAAGAAGACUUGUUGAAGUGAUAGCCUACUAUCAGCCUCAAACUAAAAGAUGGCGAGUGAUGUUUAUUGUGGUCUCUCUUUGCACAGCUAUGGGUGCUUGGCAGUGGCUGAUGGAUCCUCUAACAACCCAAGUCGGUUUUCUGCAGUCUCUGAUCAAUCAUCUUUUCUUCACAAUAAGCAGCACAGUUCUUAUUAUUUUAUUCAUGAUGGGUAUACAUCGUAGAGUGGUGGCUCCAUCUAUUAUUGUUUCAAGAGUACGUCAGGUGCUUGCAGACUUCAAUAUGUCAUGUGAUGACAAUGGAAGACUGAUUCUGAAACCUCGACCAACCACAUGACUAAAACUAUUUUGGUAAUCCAAUCGACUUUAAAAGGAGGGAGUGUUUCAGUCACCUGUAAUUUAUCACCAAUAUUAUAAAUAUGUAAAUAUUCAUCAUCAUUGUAAUUUUACAAUAAAUGUAUUUGACAUCA